UGGCAUUACGUGUGACCUCUUUUGACAACAAGCUGUCAAACGUGUAGUCGAUGUCCGAAUAGUUUAAUUUCGAAUGAAACUUAGUUUAGUAAUUUAGUUCUAGCAAAAACAAUUAUAUAACUCCACCAUGUGGGUCAGUUGCAUGUAAAAUUUUGAAAAAUUGUACACAAUUUCACCUGUGUAAUUUUCGCGAACAAAAAUGAUUCAUAAAGUGUGACAAAUUUGCUCAACACAAUUUAUGUAAUUUAAUGUAAUCAGUAUUUAUUGAAAUUCACAUUAGUCAUGGAUGUCCUUAUUCCAAUAAUAAUCUUUGUGUUAGUAUUUAUAUUAUUUUCCGUAUGCGGAUUUUGUUGUAAGAGAAAGCGUGAGGGCACCGUUUACGGACUAACUGGCCGGAACGUCACUGUAACAAGCCAACAUAUUUCAGCUUCGCCAGUUGUGGUGCCCCCUUAUCCAGUGGAGCCAAGACAUCCGACACCACAGAGGGUGGCGGUCCCCGCUCCCGGCCCUGGAUUUGCCACUCACAACCCGCCAUACCCCACACACAAUCCACACCCAGGACCUGUUGCUGGCUACUAUCCGCCACCAGUGGGAGCUGCCCCGGCCCCUUAUCCACCAGCAGGCGUCGCGCCAUAUCCACCAGCUGUAGGUCCGACACCUUACCCACCAGCUGGGCCCUCUUAUCCAUCAACAGGGCCUCCAAUCUCCUCACCAUAUCCUGAUUAUGGGGCCCAACCUCCUUCAUACUCUGAGGCUAUAUCGCAACCUCCAAUGCAGCCCUUACCAGCGAAGGAGGGCUACACUAAACAGGCGCCAUAUAACCCAAAUUAUUAAUUUUAAGAAGUUUUCAGUCUGAAUUGUUUUGUUUCUUUGUUGUUAUAAUGAACAGAAUUUGAUAUGAGAUACUUUUACUUGUGAGAUUUACAAGGCUCUAAGUUUGUUUUUUAAAUGUGAUACAGAGUGCUUACUUAUGUUAAGUUCUUUUUUUAUUUUGAAUGCAAAAUAUAUGUUUUCUUAAAUAUG